GAUGUUUAAUAUCAGUCGCAUGCGUCGACCGAGCCGGGAGAGAGACAGUUGCGCUGUCUCGCUGCGCGGAGUGUUUGAGUGGAGAAAGGCAUGCCGCGUUUUUAGUUCAGGGAGAAAGAACGAUACUGUUCCGAAACCUUAUUUUGUUAUGUGAAUCACUUCUAACUUUCCACUGUUUAAUGAUCGCUACUUUGAUAUACUAUCUACUUUGUCCAGAUUAUUUAUUGUUAUUAGAAUGCCAGUUGACCACCGGACAAAACUUUUCCUGUUGCGUCAGUAUCUAUAGUGACUGCACACUCGAUGUGUUAAUAUGGCGUCCGCGUCGGUAAGUGUAUACAUCAUCUUAAAUUCAUUCGAUUUUUACGCAUAGACGCCAAGUAUUCUUUUGUUCGCUGGUAUGCUUUAAAUCGUGAUAAAACGGUCGCCUUAAACUACACAUAAAUUGACGUCAACCGCGUCGGAGGAAUCGUUUACUGACAUUUGUCGUGCAUCACCAAUGUUAGGCUUUUCUCUUAGCAUCGCGGUUGCGGUUUCUCACGUAUGACACGUUGCUUCAAUAUUUAAAUCAGUUGUAAUGUCGUUAAUCAGGUUCCCUUACUAAUGGAUGAUGACACGAUUGCUUUCGGGGAAGAGGAUGAGGCUCAGAAUAGCAACAGACUUAAACAUCCAUACGUUACCCUGUUUCACUUAGCCUUCAGAGUAGCAGCGAUAGUAUCUUAUAUGUUAUGCGGGUGGUUUUCGAAUAGUUUCAUAACUAGCUUCGUACUUGUGGUAUUACUUUUGUCUAUGGACUUCUGGACUGUGAAAAACAUUACUGGCAGGCUGAUGGUCGGUCUUCGAUGGUGGAACUAUGUGGACGACAAUGGGAAAAGUCACUGGAUAUUUGAAUCUAAAAAGGGUGCUCAACAGAAUCGCAUCAACACCACAGAGGCUCGUAUCUUCUGGUUAGCAUUGAUACUCUGUCCAUUAUUAUGGUCAGUCUUUUUUGUAGUCGCUCUGUUUAGCCUAAAAUUUAAGUGGCUGCUUCUUGUCUGCAUCGCGAUUGUUUUGAACGGUGCGAAUUUAUACGGAUACGUCAAAUGUAAAAUGGGAAACGACCAAAACAUUUCCGCAGCCACUAGUGAUUUUUUGAGGAAACAAGUCAUGCAAAAUGUCGCGUCGAUGAUGAGCAGAGCUCCUCCUCCUAGUAAUCCAAAUCAACAGCCAACGAAUGUGAUAUAAAAACGGGAGACGUUUCCAACUCUGAUGUUAUUUAAGCACAAUUCAAUUUGUAUAUAAUUAUGUAUAUCGAUAACUGACUUGUAUAUGUUCUGAAUAAAAGGAAAUUGCUACGGAA